UGCAGCUCGAUCGUCUGGCUGCAGGUUGCAUCACGUGAGAGCAGAAACAGCAGGAGAAGCGAAUAGCCAGACUUUUCUUCAUGACUGUAAGCUCUAUAAAUCCUUCCCAUCUGUUACAGCAUGCAGCCUGUUCUCGCUCGUGCCAUGAGGGAGAUGUUUUUGCUCACUUCCCUCGCGCUCCUCGGCUGCGUCCCUUUGACCGGCUCUUCUGCUCAUGUUGACUCCAUCUGGAGCACCCGAGGCUACGGACAAACCCGCUGCAUGGAUAUCCCCGAGGACCUACGACUGUGCCAUGGUAUAAGCUACAAACAAAUGCAGCUGCCCAACCUGCUGGACCAUGAGAACAUGAUGGAGGUGAAGCAGCAGGCGAGCAGCUGGGUGCCGCUUGUGCACAAGAUGUGCCACCCGGGCACGCAGGUUUUCCUGUGCUCGCUCUUCGCUCCAGUGUGUUUGGAGCAACUGAUCAGUCCUUGCAAGCAGCUCUGUGAGUCUGUGCGUGAUGCUUGCAGCCCCAUCAUGCAGGUGGUCGGCUACGUUUGGCCAGAAAUGCUCAACUGUAGCAAGUUUCCACCUGAGGAGAAGGACUUGUGUAUCUAUAUGGAGAAAAACCAAACGAGUACUCCUGAAGAGUCUGAUGUGCAUCCUUCUGAUCGUACAGGACACACGCGUGCAUGUCCACAAUGUGACAUCAAGAUGAACGCAGAUGACAUCCUGGACAACAUGUGUGCCAGCGAGUUCGCAAUCAGAGCAAAAAUAAAGAAAACCAAAAUAAUCGCUGAGGAUAAGAAGGUGAUUCUACAUAAGGAGAAGAAAGCCGUAUUGAAAGGAGUCCUGAACAUUCAAAAAGGGAAAAAGUUGAUGUUGAAUCUAAAAAAUGGAGCUAACUGUCCCUGUCAGCAACUGGACAAUAUAAAGAAUCCUUAUCUAAUCAUGGGGCGCAAAAUAGGAAAACUCUACUUACUGAUUAGCAUCUACCACUGGGACGAAGAAAACGAGGAGUUCAAUAAAUUUCUUAAUCGAACCAACACGCACAAAUGUUUUACUCACGGUACAGGUUUUUAAUUUCCUAAACCCAUAAAAAAAAGUGACACGAGUGGCUAUCAUGCUCGUAUCAUACAUGUUCACUACAUGGGUUAUUCUCUGUUACUCACCCGAGGUAUUCUUUAUUCAAAUAGAUGACAAAAUGAUCGCAUUAUGAUGCUUAAAGAUAUGUAUUGUAUUAUACAGGAUAUGGAUCACAAUGUAUGCAGUAGGUUUGGUAAACAAAUUGCCUGCAAAGGAGAAGUGUGAAAAACUGAACUGGAUACUGUAAUACUUUCAUUUAAUAUCUGGGAAAAUUAGUUGAAAUAAGGAAAA